AUGAAGUUCACCGCUGCUCUUCUUGCCCUCGUUGGCCUCGCUGCCGCCAGCCCUCUCCCAGUCGAGACUGUCGAGGAGCCUGCGGAGCUCAUCAACCUUGAGAAGCGUGCUUCUCUCAACUACGUCCAAAACUACAAUGGUAACAAGGCCAACUACAAGUACAACCAGGGCGCCGGCACCUUCUCGUGCAGCUGGAAUAACCCCGGUGACUUCGUUGUCGGUCUCGGCUGGACCACUGGCUCCGCCAGAUCCAUCACCUUCAGCGGUAGCUACAGCACCAACUCGGGGUCCUACCUCGCCGUUUACGGCUGGUUGAACAGCCCCUUGACCGAGUACUACGUCGUGGAGAACUACUCCUACGACCCUUGCUCCGUCUCUGGCUCCCAAAACGUGGGCAGCGUCACCUCCGACGGCUCCAGCUACAAGAUCUGCAAGCACACCCAGGUCAACCAACCCUCCAUCAAGGGCACCAACACCUUCGGCCAGUACUUCUCUGUGCGCGCCAGCAAGCGCUCUUCCGGCACUGUCACCAUGGGCAACCACUUCAAUGCGUGGAAGAAGAGCGGUUUCGCCGCUUCCAACUUCAACUACCAGGUCAUGGCUGUCGAGGCUUUCAGCGGCACUGGAUCCGCCAACAUGAAGGUCUCUGGUUAA